CAUAUAAUGCCGUACUAACAAAUGAACUAACUGUAUUUUUUUUUUUGUAAAAUACGGUCAUGGAAUGUGAGGAAUGUCUUAAUUCACUAUUUUCGUUACAUUUUACAUAAUGUAAUAGUGAAAUAAAUAAAUAAAUAAUGGUGGCUGCCAUAUAUGGCUGACGCGGCGCCACUGUAAUAAAAUUCUCAAUGGGGCCGCGUCAGCCAUUUUGUCAGCCAUAUGAUUUCAAAAGCGCGCGAAACAAACGCGUCGCUCGCCGCCGCCGGCGCCAUUUUGAUUGUUUAGCAGCCUGUGUUUGCCCCCCGCGCGUCAUUUGUCGCUGUGCAUCGAAGGAGACUGCAGUAAAUAGUUGUUCAGUUAGUGAUUUAGCAAGUUAUUAGUUACUGAUUUGUGAUUUUCAACAAAAAAUGGAAGAUUUUGAUGAUGAUUUGGACUACGAACUAUCGCAAUUAGAUUUAACAGUGUAUAAUCAAGAAUGUAACACAUUAUCAAAUAGUGAUGCUACACAAGUAUUUGACGUUGAUCUCGAUGAUACAGUAUCAAUCGCACGGACCAAAAAUCAUCAUCGACGCCAGAUUUUAUCCGACAGUGAAGAUGAUCAGAUUCCCGUGUUACCAACCUCACGAAAUACUGAAGUAUGGUUCAAUCCGUUGGGUAAGCAACCAAGUAUUAUUCCAUAUACUGAAUGUCCUGGGCUUAAGCCAUUUUCAUUGCGAUCCAGCAUGAGUUCAGCUAAACCAGCAGAAUUUUAUUCAUUGCUAGUACCUGACAGUAUAUUCGAGUACAUAGCCGAAGAAACAAAUCGCUUUGCUUUACAAACCUUGAACAAAAGUGCAACAAAAUCAUACCGAAUGCAGAAAUGGAUGCCAACAAAUUGCCAUGAAAUUAAACGGUUCUUUGGCAUUUUAAUUUGGAUGGGGAUAGUGAAACUACCUCAACUAUCUUUGUACUGGAGCACUAACAAAUGUUUUGAACAGAAAUUUGUCAAGUCCAUUAUGAGCCGAAAUCGAUUUGAACUCAUUUUGAGGAUGUUGCACUUUGCCAAUAAUGAAAUAAAUCACAAUAAGGAGGACCGAUUGUUUAAAGUUAGACACUUAUUAGAUAUGCUAAAUGCUAAUUUUAAAUGUCAUUAUACACCUAAUCAAGAAAUGUGUGUUGACGAAAGUCUAAUCCCAUUUCGUGGCCGCGUUAUUUUUAGGCAAUACAAUAAAAAUAAGCGACACAAAUAUGGGAUAAAACUUUUUAAGCUGUGCUCAAACCCAGGAUACACUGUAAAAGUGCAAGUUUAUGCUGGCAAAAAUUAUGAAAAUGUCAAUACUACUCCGACUAAUGUUGUCCUUGCCUUGUGUGACGAUUAUCUAAAUAAAGGACAUACGGUUUGCACAGAUAAUUGGUAUACCAGUUUGGAUCUGGCACGAAAACUACUAGCGGGACAAACUCAUCUCAUAGGCACACUUAGAAAAAACAGACGAGGUUUACCUCAAACAGUUGUCCAAACAAAACUGAAGACAGGAGAAUUCUCAGCUCAAGAAAAUGACGACGGAAUAACAAUUAUGAAAUGGAAAGACAAGCGGGAUGUACUGCUGCUGUCUACUAAGCACUCCGUAAGUUUCAGAAGAAUAACUAAAAAAGGAAAAGAAAAAAUUAAACCGAAGAUUGUGGUAGAUUAUAAUCAUGCAAAAUCAGCGGUUGAUCUGUCAGACCAAAUGUCCUCUUACACAACCCCUCUUCGGAAGACAACGAAAUGGCCCAAAAGAUUGGCGAUGGAGUUAUUAUUGAAUACAGCGAUUGUAAAUUCAUAUAUUUUAUAUAAAUUAACAACCAAGAAGAAGCUCUCUGUCGUCCAGUUUAGAACCGCGUUGGUUGACUACCUCGUGCAUACAGGAGUCCCGGAAACUAGUGCCUCCUCUAGACCUAGGCGAGUAAAGCAUGAAUUGAAGAAAAGGCAAGGAUUGGCCUCUGCCUGUCGUAAAUAUUGUGUUAGGUGUUAUAAAGAAAACUGUGCCCAAUUUGGAAGAGUUCAUGCUCGAAAUAAAACCAAAAGAGUGGUAACAUACUGCGAAGACUGCCCGAAUGAGCCACACUAUUGUAUCAGCUGUUUCAAUUUAAACCAUAGAUAUGUUUGAGUUAUUUUGCCAAUGCCAACUUAAAUAUAAAUAAAAGCAAUUAAAACAUUUA